AUGGCCACACAGUACUCUCAGUCUACCAAGAACCUGCCUCCAGUGUCUUAUAUCAAAUCCUUGGAUAUCUGGAUGAUUACAUGCAUGGUUUAUGUAUUUGCUGCGCUCCUCGAAUUCUCCAUUGUUUACCACGUCCACUACCGCAGAGCCAAGAGCAAAAUGCAAAGCCUUGUAUCUACCACCAACGGCCAAUCGCAGGCGAUGGCCAUAACGCGAAGCGGCGACAGGAUAGCUCAGUGGAUGGAGUCGUGGAAAGAUUUCUGGAAGGGCGACACAGCCAUCGACGAAGCCUCACGAGUCCUUUUCCCUCUGACCUACUUCUCCUUUGUCACGGGCUACUUCGUGAUGGUUACAAGAUCUCAACAAGAGGGAACUCUAUUCUCGCCGAAAAAUUAA